UUCAGAACCUGAAUUUCUCAUCCUUUCCCAAUCUUAUUCGGCUUAAUUUCCGAAAUAACUCACUUUUUGGUUCGAUUCCUUCAAAUAUCGGUCACCUUUCCAAGCUCACUAACUGCGAAUUGUCUUUCAAUGAUAUCUCCGGCCACCUUCCUUCUGAAAUAGGCAUGCUGGCAAGUCUUGUUAGCUUUUCAGUAAUGGUGAACCGUAUGGAUGGAAACAUCCCUCACGAGAUUGGUAUGCUUAGUUCACUUAAAGGGAUCUAUUUGAGUGACAAUCAACUGACAGGUUCAAUCCCUGCUUCCAUAGGCAAUUUGGUAAACUUAACCUAUCUUUACCUCAAUGACAAUCAACUGUCAGGUUCCAUACCACCUGAAGUUGGAAGGAUGACAUCUCUUGGUAAUUUUGAUGUUUCAAACAAUAACCUUACUGGUCCGAUCCCUAAAUCCAUUGGAAACUUAAGCAACUCUCUGGUUUAUUUUUACCUCUAUCGAAAUCAACUGUCUGGUUCCAUUCCCAUGGAAAUAGGCAACCUGCGUAGGCUUACUACACUUCAGUUUUCAGGGAAUAAUCUUGUUGGUGCUAUCCCUUCUUCUAUAGGAAACUUAACCAACUUAUUUAGUCUCUUCUUGCUAGAUAACAAGCUUUCUGGUGCAAUCCCUCCUUCCAUAGGAAACCUUACCAAGUUAAAUAGUCUCUUCUUGCAUAUAAACCAGCUUUCUGGUCCCAUACCUCAUCAACUUGGAAUGUUAACAUCACUCAUUUCACUUUCAUUAGCUUUCAAUAAUCUCACUGGUGCAAUCCCUUCUUCCAUAGGAAACCUUACCAAGUUAAAUAAUCUCUUAUUGCAAAAUAACCAGCUUUCUGGUCCCAUACCUCAUCAAGUUGGAAUGUUGACAUCUCUCAAUACACUUUCAUUAAGUUCCAAUAAUCUCACUGGUGCAAUCCCCAUUUCAGUUGGAAUGUUGAUAUCUCUCAAUGUACUUUCAUUACGUUCCAAUAAUCUCACUGGUGCAAUUCCCAUUUCAAUUGGAAUGUUGACAUCUCUCAAUACACUUUCAUUAAGUUCCAAUAAUCUCACUGGUGCAAUCCCCAUUUCAAUUGGAAUGUUGACAUCACUCACUUCACUUUAUUUAUCUUUCAAUAAUCUCACUGGUGCAAUCCCCAUUUCAAUUGGAAACUUGAGUAGGCUCUCUGAUUUGCAAAUUCACUCUAACAGGUUUACUGGCCAAUUACCACAAAAUGCAUUCAUUGGUGGCCAACUUAUUUAUUUUAGUGCUAUGGAUAAUUUUUUGACGGGUCCAAUUCCAAGAAGCUUGAAAAACUGUAGCAAACUGUUAAGGUUGAGGCUUGAUAGAAACCAACUCACUGGAAGUUUAUCUAUCGGCACACUCCCGCACUUGAAUUAUAUAGAUUUGAGUGAUAAUAAAUUCUCUGGUGAACUUUCAUGGCAAUGGAAAGAUCUUAAGAAUCUGUCAGCACUUAAAGUCUCAAAUAACAAAAUCUCUGGCCAAAUUCCAUCUGAUAUUUGGACUGCACCUCAGCUGCAGUUACUCGACCUCUCUUCGAAUCAGCUUGUCGGGUCGAUUCCUAUAGAAUUAGGGAAGUUAAAGUUGUUACAACUCAUUCUCAACAAUAAUCAGCUUGUCGGGUUGAUUCCUCAAGAAAUAGGAAUGUUGUCUGAUCUUGAAAGUCUCAACAUGGCAUCCAACAAUUUAAGUGGAUCGAUUCCCAAGCAAAUUGGAGAAUGCUCAAAACUAUGGUUUUUGAACCUCAGCAACAACAAAUUUACAGGACAAAUUCCUUCAGAAAUUGGAACCUUGCACACACUACAAGACCUUGAUCUGAGUCGAAAUUUGUUGAUGAAAGAGAUACCGCAACGAAUUGGAGACUUGCAAAGACUCGAGAUGUUGAACCUCUCUCAGAAUUUGCUAUCAGGUUCAAUUCCAGCUACUUUUAAUAACUUGUUGAGCUUGACCCUGGUGAAUCUAUCUUGCAAUGAAUUAGAGGGUCAAAUUCCGAAGAUUAAAGCUUUUCAAGAUGCUUCUUUCGAAGCACUCAGAAAUAACAGAGGCCUUUGCGGUAAUAACACAUACUUAAAGGCCUGUGUUUCUCCUCCAACAGAAGAAUUCAAAGCCAAAAGUGACAGCAAGGUAGUCCUUCUUGUUGUUCUGCCUCUUUUUGGCGGUCUCCUUCUAUUGUUUGUCUCUGUCGGUAGUUUUUUCGUCCUCCGGAAAAGAUCUAAAAUCAGAAAAGCUAAACUAAGAGAGCCACAUUGUGAAGUAAUGUGGACUCCUUAUGAUAGAGAUAUGGAAUAUGAAAACAUUGUACAGGCAACAGAGGAUUUCAACUCCAAGUACUGCAUUGGCGUAGGGGGAUAUGGAACUGUCUACAAAGCAAUGUUUCCAACAGGUCGAGCAUUCGCUGUGAAGAAGCUUCACCAAUCACAUGAAGAGGUGCAAAUGGCAGAUCUAAAAUCAUUUACCAGUGAGGUUCGUGUGUUGACAGAAAUUCGUCAUCGCAACAUUGUCAAGUUACAUGGCUUUUGUUCGCACGCAAAAUGCUCCUUUCUGAUUUAUGAGUUCAUAGAAAGAGGAAGUCUGAGAAAGGUAUUGAGCGACAGGGAGGAAGCGAUGGAGUUUGAUUGGAAUAAGAGGCUUAAUGCUGUGAAAGGAAUAGCCAAUGCAGUGUCGUAUAUGCAUAACGACUGCUCGCCUCCAAUCAUUCAUCGAGACAUUUCCAGCAAUAAUAUUCUGCUGGACUUGGAAUUUGAGGCUCGUGUCUCUGAUUUUGGAACUGCUAGGCUGUUGAUGCCGGACUCGUCGAAUUGGACUUCAUUUGCUGGCACAAUCGGAUAUGCAGCUCCAGAGCUAGCAUACACGAUAAUUGCAAAUGAAAAAUGCGACGUUUACAGCUUUGGAGUGGUGAUACUAGAAAUAUUAAUGGGAAUGCAUCCGGGUGACCUCCUCUCAUCUCUUUCAUCGUCGUCAUUGUCUCCAUCAAUCGAGCAUCAAAUUCUAGUGAAGGAUUUGAUUGAUCAACGGCUGCCGAUUCCUAAAAAAGAAAAUGCUCAAGGAGUGAUCCAUGUUGCAAAACUUGCAUUUGCAUGCCUGAAUCCCAAUCCUCAAUGUCGGCCUACCAUGAGUCGAGUUUCGUCUCAAUUAGUCCGUAAAUGGCAUCCGCUGACAAAGCCGUUUUUAGCGACGACAUUGGAGGAAAUUAUGAUCCAUCAAGAUCUCACUUGCUAAGCCUUCCCAAAGUGUGGUGUAUUAUUAUGUUUGUAACUUCAUUUCUCUACUUUCUUAAUUAUGUUUGCUUUACGUUUGUACUAUGCAUCAUUGUCUUGAACUUCAUUGUCUCCACUAUCUUUAUUAUGUUUGAAUUAUCUGUAUUAUAAAUUUGAACUGGAAAGUAAAUUUGUCAGAACAGUAUUCAGGACGUACAUUUUGUUAAGGAGUUUGAGAAAGCUUGGGGUGGUUCUGAUAUUGUCUGCAUAUAUAAAUUUUUUCUCUACUCUACUACUAAU